CUUCCCAAAGUGGGGAUGCGCAGAAUCCUUUCAAGAGGUUUUCCAGCCUUAGGAGAGGGAGAGAAAUGAACCCGGGAGCAUCGUGAGUAUCCCAGGGCCACAGAAAUAAUUUCCAGCGUCCUGGAGGAGGCCGGUCCCCAGCCAGACUCUUCGCAGGUGCAGGUGUGCUCUGGGUUCUGGAUCCUGACGGGGAGAGGAUUGCUUGGACAACGGGGGUCACGUUUCAGAGCCUCUGGGAAGCUCGGUGAGAUGCCAAAGCUGUCCUCAGCCUUCCUGCCCCUCCUCCUCCUCCUCCUCCUCCUCCCCCCCAAGUUUGUUGCCCCUGUGACCUUUCGUCACCACCGCUACAACGACCUUGUGCGAAAGCUGUACAAGGUGCAUAACCAAUGCCCGGACAUCACGCGGCUCUACACCAUCGGGCGCAGUGUCAAGGGGAGGUUCCUCUACGUGCUGGAGUUCAGCGACCACCCUGGGAUCCACGAGCCCUUGGAACCAGAAGUCAAGUAUGUGGGGAACAUGCAUGGGAACGAGGUGCUGGGCCGCGAGCUGCUCCUCCAGCUGUCAGAAUUCCUCUGUGAGGAGUUCCAGAACCGGAAUCAGCGCAUCCUGAGUCUAAUCCAGGACACACGCAUUCAUAUCCUGCCGUCCAUGAACCCUGAUGGCUACGAGGUGGCUGCCUCCCAGAGCCCAAACACCUCUAGGUACCUGGCUGGUAGGAACAACGCAAACGGAGUGGACCUGAACCGCAACUUCCCGGACCUCAACACCUAUUUCUACUACAACGAGAAAUAUGGCGGCCCCAACCACCACUUACCCCUCCCAGACAACUGGAAAAGUCAGGUGGAACCCGAGACCCGGGCGGUGAUCCAAUGGAUUCGAUCCUUCAACUUCGUUCUCUCAGCCAAUAUGCACGGUGGGGCUGUGGUGGCCAACUACCCGUAUGACAAGUCACUUGAGCAUCGGUUCCAAAGCUCCUACCGUACCUACAAUUCCCCAACACCAGAUGACGAGCUUUUCCAGACGCUGGCCAAGGUCUACUCCUACGCGCACGGAUGGAUGCACCAAGGUUGGAACUGUGGCGACUACUUUCCAGACGGCAUCACCAAUGGGGCGUCUUGGUACUCCCUCAGCAAGGGAAUGCAAGACUUCAAUUACCUGCACACCAACUGCUUUGAGAUCACACUGGAGCUGAGUUGCAACAAGUUUCCCGACCAAGAGGAGCUGCCGCGGGAGUGGCUGGCUAACCGCGAAGCCCUGAUCCAGUUCUUGGAACAGGUUCACCAGGGCAUCAAGGGAAUGGUACUCGAUGAGAACUCUAACAACCUCACAGGGGCUGUCAUCUCUGUCACGGGAAUCAAUCACGACGUCACCUCAGGUGAACACGGGGAUUACUUCCGGCUGCUGCUUCCCGGCACUUACUCUGUCACAGCGAAGGCACCAGGGUACCAGCCAAAAACAGUGACUGUGACUGUGGGGCCUGCAGGACCAAUGCUGGUCAACUUCCAACUCAAGCGAAGCGCGUCUCAGGCAUACCCUGUGCAGAGAGCUCCCGGCCGAGGACAGGGAAGCCGGGCAAAGCAGCCCCGGAUACCCCGAACGAAAGACCUGGCAACAAAGCGCCAUUGUGGCUCUGCCUGAAGCCCAGCACCCAGAGCCACACACAGCAAGGCCGGGUCCCUGCUCUCAAAUCCUGUGGCCAUGCUUUUAUUAUCAGGGACAUAUGUACACAUAGGCACAUAGAGAACAGUUCCAAGUGUUUCUCUCUGUCCCAGGAGCAAGCCUUUCUUAGGCCAGCAUUAAAGGAGUCAGAACCUUCUGGAAACUGAUGGCCACUGUACAUGCCUCCUCCAGCAGGGUUCUGGAGAGACCUUCUUUCUGGGAGUCUGGUUUGGGUCCCCUGCCAGUGUGUACUGGAUGCUGAGACAGGUUCCAUCUGUC